GCCCGGAUAAAUAGAGAGAAUGAUUACGAAAAAAAAAAAAAUAAAAAAAAAAAAAAAAAAAAAAAAAAAAAAAGGUACCCACCGGCCACUCUUCCGUGGAAAGCAGAACUGGGACCAUACCACAGGAGAAAGCAGAAGACGAGGAGAAAGAAGUACGAGAAAGAACAGAGUGAAGAAAAAAAGGAAAGAAAAGGGGCUAAUGUUUAG